CACAAGUCAUGGCACGCACAAACAUAAACAAAAAUCGAACUUUUUUGUUCCUCCCAUGCCGAAACGACUGAAUGCACGUUCGGCUUCAGAUCCCAUCUAUCUCUCUCUCUCUCUCCCCGGGGCAUAUGGUCAGUGCCCUGAAUUAUCCGAAAGCUGUUGUCGUUGAUCCCCACCACCGGUUUAAUCGCUCUCCGGCCACGGCGAUCUGAUUUGACCAAAUUCAAAGGACCACAACACUCUUCAUUCUUUGCUAGUGCGGCCGGCGUCCGUCUUCGCUUCCGCUCUGCUUUGAAAUCCCCCAAAGUCUUCCAUUUCAAAGCUGCAGCAGUCAAACUCUCGAGGUCUAAGUAUUAAAGAAAUAAAGGACAUGGGAAAAAACAAAAUUUAUGAAGAAAGGUGUGGGCAAAAGCCUUAGGGAGCCGAUUCAUGGAGUCUGGAGAGCAUGAGGUAGGCAUCGAGGUUCGAGAAGUCGGUGCAAAUGGCGUUUGGAUGAAAACAACAGAAGUUGAAGCGAAGCUUGACGAGGGAAACAUUCAAGAAGCUGAAUCUUCAUUACGAGAAGGCUUAUCACUCAAUUUUGAGGAAGCAAGAUCCCUUCUUGGUAAGUUGGAGUAUCAAAGAGGUAAUGUAGAAGGUGCUCUUCGUGUGUUUGAGGGCAUCGAUCUCCAAGCUGCUAUACAGCGACUGCAACCUCCCCUUGCUGAAAAAGUGCCUUCCAGGAGGGGUCGCUCUCACUCCGAAUCACUGCAAGCAGUCUCACAGCAUGCUGCUAGCCUGGUGCUUGAAGCCAUAUACUUAAAAGCCAAGUCUCUCCAAAAGCUGGGGAGAUUAAGUGAAGCUGCUCGUGAAUGUAAAAGUGUGCUUGAUGCUGUGGAGAGGCUAUUCUAUCAGGGCAUACCUGAUGUUCAAGUCGACAAUAGAUUGCAAGAGACAGUCAGCCAAGCUGUAGAGCUCCUUCCAGAGCUUUGGAAGCAGGCUGGUUACUAUCAUGAUGCGAUUUCGGCUUAUAGAUGUGCGCUCCUUAGUCAAUGGAACCUUGAUAAUGAUUGCUGUACAAGAAUUCAGAAACGCUUUGCUGUGCUUUUGCUGUAUGGUGGAGUGGAGGCUGGCCCACCCAGUUUAGCUGUCCAGAUUGAUGGUUCAUAUAUACCUAAAAAUAAUCUAGAAGAGGCAAUUCUACUUUUUAUGAUUCUUAUGAGGAAAUUUAUCCUUGGUAAGACCCAAUGGGAUCCAUCUGUAAUGGAGCACCUAACAUUUGCACUAUCUUUAUGCCGCCAAACACCUGUUUUAGCUAAGCAACUUGAAGAGAUCAUGCCUGGGGUAUAUCAUCGAGUUGACCGUUGGAAUUCUUUAGCUCUUUGCUACAGUGGAGCUGGACAAGACAAAGUUGCAUUGAAUCUAUUGAGGAAAUCUUUACAUAAACAUGAACGACCAAAUGACCUCAUCGCACUGUUAUUGGCUGCCAAGAUAUGCAGUGAGGAUUCCCAUCUUGCUGCUGAGGGAGUGGUAUAUGCACGGAGGACAAUUAAUAAUGCUCAGGGGAUUGAUGAGCACAUAAAGGGUGUGGGUCUUCGCAUGUUGGGCCUUUGUUUGGGAAUGCAAGCUAAAGUUUCUUCCUCUGACUUUGAGAGGUCUCGUCUUCAGUCUGAGGCAUUGAAGUCAUUAGAUGGGGCUAUUGCUUUGGAGUGCAAUAAUACGGACUUGAUUUUUGAGUUGGGUAUUCAGUAUGCAGAGCACCGAAAUUUGAAUGCUGCUUUACGCUAUGCAAAGAAGUUCAUUGAUGAAACCGGUGGAUCCAUAUUAAAAGGUUGGAGAUUGCUUGCUCUGGUUUUGUCUGCUCAACAGCGAUUCCCAGAGGCUAUGGUGGUCACUGAUGCUGCUCUAGAUGAGACUGCCAAAUGGGAGCAAGGACCACUUCUCAGGCUGAAAGCAAAGCUAAAGCUCUCCCAGUCACUACAUACGGAUGCUAUUGAAACUUAUCGUUACCUCCUUGCAUUGGUUCAAGCCCAGAGGAAAUCUUUUGGGCCUCUUAGAAUUAUUCCUCAGGCUGAGGACGAUAAAGUCAACGAAUUUGAAGUUUGGCAUGGACUGGCAAAUUUGUACUCUAGUCUUUCACAUUGGAAGGAUGCAGAGAUAUGUUUAGGGAAAGCCAGAGAGCUAAAACAGUACUCUUCUGAAGCACUGCACACAGAAGGUGCACUGCGUGAAGGUCGUGGACAGAUCCGAGAAGCUCUUGCUGCUUAUAUUGAUGCCCUUCUACUGGAACCUUAUUAUGUUCCUUGCAAGAUCUUGAUUGGUAGUGUGUUGUCAAACAGAGGCUUGAAGGUAUUGCCUGUGGCAAGAAGCUUACUGUCUGAUGCAUUAAGGAUAGAUCCUACCAACCGUAUGGCAUGGUAUUACUUGGGAAUGGUUCACAGGAAUGAUGGAAGAUUAUCUGAUGCUGCAGACUGCUUUCAGGCUGCUUCCAUGCUUGAAGAAUCUGAUCCCAUUGAAAGCUUUAGCUCUAUUCAUUGACACCCUUCAAUCUAUCAUAGGGUUUAAAUUUUUUAUUAGGUGAAUUUUUUAAUAUUUACUUGUUCACACAUUCAUUUUUAUUCCUUCAAUUUUCUGCAACGAAAUCUACUCCCCCCAUGCUUGGGAAUUGUUUUCUUGUUAAA